AUGAGCGUAUUAGAUAUCGGGUUUCUUUCGCUAACCCAUUUUUGUGAUAAGCAUGGCCCGAGCGUCUUGAUGGUUACACAGUUAGCUUCAAGCCUGGAAAACUGCAAUGAGUUACUAUUACCAGAAUACCCAAGAGACUCUUAUUGUAGUUCAUGUUUAUUGAAAUUUCCGGACACAAAUGAGCAUGCAACCUCUAUCAGAUCUACCUUUGAUGACUUUUAUAGUGUAUCAACUCAAUACUCUUCCGUGCGGUAUCAGUUGCUAAGUUUGAUCAUUAAAAAGACGUUUUCUGAAGAGAACAUGAGCUACGAUGGUUCGCCUUUUAUGUUUUGGGACGAGCAUAGGGGUCUUAAUUUAGCUAUGGGCUUUAAACUUGAAGAUGUACACGCUCGUGGGAAUGAGAGACGAUAUUGUUUGAUUUUAAGUCUUGAAAAAGGCGAAUCGUCUGGCGAAAAAGACGCAUUUAACAUCCUAGCGGAAAAUUGGCAAUUCGUGAUUGAAUCAUUCACAAAGCUAAUAUCACACAUUAAAAUACAAUCUAGAGGUAUGCUGGAUAAAUUACAGACGGAUUUCACCCAAAUAAUGGGCGGGACAUACCUCAGGGAAAACAAACAAAAGAUUCCAGUCAGUUUGGCUGAUAUUGUAGGUGAUUCCUUAAUAUUUCUCAAGAUUCAUAAGUGGAAUACUUAUAUUUUAAAAAGACUUGCAUCCGCUAACUCAAACUCAGAAAGUUCAGAUGGAGUAAAUACUUUAUAG